AGAAUUGUUAACUAAGUAUUUCCAGAUUUCAAUUUGAAGUGCAUGCCGGAAAACGGACAGCUUAUUGUGACCUAGAUUGAAUGGUUACAAUGCACAAUUGAAUAAUGACCAAAUAAACUUAAUGUUUAUUAUUAAUUAAUUGAUUGAAUAAACAAGAAUCUUGGUGACAGGAAAGAGAAGUGUAUUGAAUGUGAAUACCUGUAUAUAGAAUGAAUGACAUAGCAAAGGCAUGGUUCAAUAGAAAUGAUCUGCCGGGCACAUACAGGAAUGGAAGUCUGAGUUUUACUGGAAACGCUGGUGAUUUUUUUAAUCAAAAUACACGAAGUGACACAGAUAGUAGGACUACAACAUUGAACAGUUCUCAGAACUCGAGACGAGGACCUAAAUAUCCACAAUACUCCAUAACAUGUAUCAGAUUGUCCACGUUUCAAACAUGGCCAACCAGUAUUCAACAACACCCAGAAACUAUGGCAGAGGCUGGUUUUUACUAUACAGGCAACAAUGACCAUGUACGAUGUUUUCACUGUGGUAUAGGACUACAGAACUGGGACUCAGAAGAUAAUCCUUUUGUAGAGCAUGCAAGAUGGUCCCAAGAAUGCCAAUUUCUCAAGGACAAGAAAGGUUUGGAUUUCAUUGCUACAGUACAAGAUGCCGUCAGGAGAGUACAACUGGAGGAGGCCUUAAGUACUGAUGGCAUAGCACAAACUUUUGAUAGUCACAAUAGUGACUGUGAAGAAGAUGGAAAUGCUAGAUCAGAGGACAAAGGCAAAGAUUUCUUACCAAGUGGGAAACCUCCAACAAAAGCAGAGAAGAAAAACCCACUGCUGACAGAUGCAGCACAGAGUAUACUAACAAUGGGAUAUUUACCUAAAGUUAUUAGAAUAGUUGUUGAUAGAGUUUUGAAAGAGAAAGGCUGGAAUGGAAUGUCAGCAAGGAAUUUAAUGGAAGAGAUUAACAAAAUAGAGGAGAGUGGUGAAAGAGCAAAAUCAGAAUUAACUGUACCGAUAAGUUCUAAACUUAAACAUUCUGUAGUUAGCAUGAAGAGUAGAAAAGUUCUUUCGAAAGAUAAUGUAAAGAAAAUAGCUGAGGAAAACAAAGAAAUGAAAGAACAGACACAGUGCAAAAUUUGUUGUGAAAUGCCUGUAUCUAUUGUGUUUUUACCCUGUGGUCAUUUAUCAUCCUGUUCCCAAUGUGCCCAAGCCUUGAAAUCUUGUCCUGUAUGUAGGUCGGAAAUCAAAGGUUCUGUCAAAGUCCAGUUCAAAUAACCAAGUCAUGUAGUAGCUUAUCUGCCAUUAAUGUUUUUAGAAUCUUGGUAAAAUACUUAUAAACCAUUACUGUGUAUUUACUUGUUUUAAAAAAAUGUCAAAUAUAAGCAAUAACAAUGUGUAUGAUUAAAGAAAUAAUUUGUAAUGUUCUUUAUAACAUGGCAUUAUUUAAUAUUGGAUUGUUUGUUUGUUUAUUUACUGUGAAUAACUGAUGUUGUUAUAUAUUUUGCAGCUAUAUAUGUUUAUCAUUCAUUAUUACUGAUAUUGUUUAGCCUUUACUGGUUAUUUCAAAUGUUCCUAUAGUUUUGAUGUUUCAAAAAAAAUGUCUUGACAGCUCAGGGCAAAUUGUUGAAUGACAACAAUAGUUUUAGUGUCGAAUUGACAUGGUCUUCAUGGAAUCAUUCAAACACAUGUUGAAGGCCGUACUUUGACCUAUAAUUUUUAAAUUUAUACAUUAUGACUUGGAUGGAGAGUUUUUUCAUUAGCACACAUACCACAUCUUCUUAUUUAUACAUUAUCGUACACCGUGCCAAAAUAAGUUUUAAUUUUGAUUUGCUUACAGCAAUGCUUAGCAAAUGAUGUGAUAGAUAAUAACAAUAAUAAUAAUUAUAUUACUGUUUUAUUUGCCUCACAAAUUGAGUUGAAUCUUUGAAGUGAUCAUCGUAAUGCAACUAGUAGUAUUGAUAAUUUUGACCAGAAUCCAGAUUGAUGCAAAAUAUUUGGAGGACAUAGCCAUAAAGCAAAAGUUUCUAUGUAUGGAAGAACAUUUUCAGCUUGUAAUUUACUGUUCGAAAGAUUUAGUGUCGUGUAGACUGAUUAUUUUCCCUUGAUUUUUAUAUACGGGUAUGUUAUAAGGGGCAGAUAUUCAAUGCAGCAUUAUUUGUUACCUUUUGACUGGGAAUAUUCUUAGCACUGCAUACUAGAAAAAACUUAUUGAGAUAGUCAUGACAAUUUCUUAAAAAGCAGUAGAUACAUUUAAAUUGUUUGAUGAGAAUUAAAAGUUUGACUAGUCCACACACCAGGAAAAAACAUUAUUAUUAUGAUAGGCCUACAUUUGUUAAAUUGAACAAAUUUUAUUCAAAAGUUUGUUCAAUAUUUAGUACAAAUCUAAAUAUUGCCGUGAUUAAUUGAUCUUUAAAUCCUUUGAUUUAUUGCAUUUCCUUAAUUAUUAAUAAAAACAUAUAAAUUGUUAGAACACUUGACAGUUAUUUAUAGAAAUGAUUAAAACAAGAAAGAAAGUUAGGCUUGCUGAAUCCACAUUUUCAAAAAUGCACAUUUUUUGUUCUCCAAUUAAUUUUUUAAAGCUAAAAAGAUGUGUGCACUCUUAAUCAAAGUCUGUUUUAAAAUUAACUAAAUUACUUACCAGGGGCUGUUUUAAAAAUGAAAAAAAAGAAAGAAAAAUAAACUAUAUGAAAAAUUACAUUUGAUAGACCUAAAGUAAAGUUCUGUCCUCAUCUUCCUCAUCCAAGUAUAUUUUGGUGUACAGUAGUAUAGUUUUAGCUUCCAGCAUUCACAUUCGUGAAAAUAUCAGAAAAGGAUGUGUGGUUUUGAAUACAGUAACAGAAAUAUUUACGAUUAACACAAUGGGAAUAAAAUGUGUUCUCAUUCAUCAUAUGCAUAUAUGUGAGUAUUUUAUUUUUGCCAAGUGGUGUGUGUAGAUAUCAUUGAAGUUUGUCUUGUGCUGUAUGAAAAUCCACUUAAUGGCUGUUUAAUAAGGAAAUAGCAAGGUUGUUGUCGUCCAGCAUUGUCUUUAGCAAUACUUAGUACCUCAGUAUUAACAAACUUGCUAUUCACUCUCAUAAGUAGUCAAUCAAUUUUUAGUAUUUAUCCGACUAUGCAAAAAUUUCUUAGGUAGUCAAUGUAGUUGAAUAUCCCAUUUGUAGUAUAGUAUUCAUACUAUUUUCAUGUAUUUGUAACCUUUUCAAAUGUAGAAAAGUAAUGAUAUCAAAAAUUGAAUAUAUUAUUGUUUGCCUACAUUUUUACAGUUUAUUCAAAAUAGAGCUUUUUAAAGCCAUUGUAAUAUUGAAAAGACACCAGUGUAUUGUUGCAUAACUUAUUUGAACCUUACCUGUAAUUUGUAACAACAAGUAGGUGGGUUGCUGUCUUAUUGAAAUAUACCAAACAUCAUUUGCUAGUAUAAUGUUGUAUAUUGUUGUAUAAUAUAUUCUUAGCAUAAAAUAAUUUCAUAUGAUUGCCCAUUUGUCUGCAAAGGUUAAUUGUAUUGGGCACCAAGUUGUGCAUCUGAUAAUUUACUGAUUAUGUCCUUUUCCUCAAUCUUGAAAUUAUUAGCAAAUCUGGAUUCACGUGUCAGGGGAUACUUACCAUAUCAAUGCAUCUUUUUUCGCUACAAUGUGGAGUUCAUGUGAUCCUCUUCGAUUUUAAUUCUUGAUUGGUAUAUUCCAACUAGAGUUAUGAGUUAAAUAAAGAUAAAGUAAUUUUGACUCUUUUUUAUUCACCUUAGGUCUUUAUUAUUGAAUGUGAUUUUGUUUGCUCACACAGUGUUCUCCCAAAUUUUUGAUAGCUCUGUUGUAAGCAUGUGAUAUGUGCCACUUACAAUUUACUCUGCAAUAAUAUGAAUAUGGUUUUUUUCAAAUAUCUUUAUAGAAUUAAAGGAAAUGCAUUUAUGGAUUUUAUCAGUAUUAGAAAUGUUUGAUUUAUAUAAUAUUUUUUGUGGUUAUGAAUAAUUAUUGAAAAAUUAUACCGGUAAGUGCAAUAAUAUAAAUAUCACCAUUCCUGUAAAUUUACAUGCAUAUGUUUAAAACGUUUAGUGUACAUAUUGUAUUGAAAUGUUUUGUAACUAUUUUAUAUCAUUGAUUUAAAAGAUUCGAAAGAAACAUUAAUGGCAGAUAAAUAGUGAAGAAAUAUUGGGAAACCAUAUUAUUCACAACUUGUAUUAGUUAAUUCUGGGUGUGUAGAGAAAUUUGGAAAUGAUGCUGAUAGUAUCAUGGUUUUCUUAUCACACCAAGUUAACUGGUACAAGCCAUCACCGAUGUGUUCAUGUCAUAACUAGUCUUUUAAUACCUAUGAUGGCUUCCAGGUAGGAUAGCCUGAUUUUUACUUGAUUUUUUACAAGUUUUGUAUACAUUUGUUUAACUUACCUUUACAUAAGUUUUGAGUAUUUCAAUUUCAAGCGGGUAUGAAAUGUAAAUAUGUUAUUUUCAAGUUGAUAUUAAUUUAUUAUUUUACGAAUCAGUUUUUUACAAAAGCCCAUGUUUAUUAGGCAAUGAAACUGGCGCUCUUAUAAUUUUCAUAUUCAUUUUGCUCUUGUUUCCCUAAUUUAUAAGGUAACUAAAAAUGUGUUUCUUCAAUAUCCUGAUAUCAUCCUUGAUUGUGCAAAAAAAAACUUGUACCAUUCCUGUUUUACAUUUUUUCUAUAGAAGUUGUUUUUAUUCAGAAAAAAAAUCAGAAUUUUCUGACUGACGUUGAUUAUACCUCCUUAUCGUUUUAUUGUUUUAAAUAGGCGUUGAAAUAAAAUCUGAUAAAAGUAGGUUCUACAAUAUAUUCAAAAGGAUAAUUAUUUGUAGAUUUCUGAAUGCAUAUUCAUAUGUACUUAUAAACAAUGUUGGUAGCAGUUGUCCAUUAUCCCUCAAUAAAAUCUUUAACACUGCAUCAUACAUUUGACCAAUUAUAUAGCAAACUGUUACCAAGACUCUAUUUUCAAUUUUGUAAUUUUAAAACUGUGGUCAAACCAUAACAUAAAAAUAUGAUCAAACCAUAAUAAAAACAUGUAAACAAACCAUUAUAUUAGAAUGUGGUCAAACCAUAAUAUAAAAUGUGGUCAAAUCCUAUAUCAAAUGCCAGCAUACACAUUGGUCAGAUAGUAGCGUACAAACUGGUUAAAUAUAAGCAUAAUAUAAAACGUGGUCAAAUCCUAUAUCAAAUGCCAGCAUACAAAGUCAGAUAGUAGCGUACAAACUGGUUAAAUAUAAGCAUACAAUCGGUCAAAUAGUAGCAUACAAAUGUGGCCAAAAUUUAGUUAGUAACAAAUAUGAUCAGAAUGUUAUUGACAGAAUGUCAAAGUUGUCGAGUAAACAACAUGUAUUGCACAAACUUGUUUUCAAAUCGUCAAAAAUUAUCAAGAAAAGGUUCUGACAUGAAUACACAUAGCUACUACAUGUUUUGAUUAUCACAGAAAGAUAUUUAUUUCAGGAUUAUAUAUCCGACAUAGUGGUAAGUAUUUAUAUCAGCCUAGAAAAAUCACUGUCCUUUGUAAGCCUUUGAACAAUAUCAACCUUACAUCAAGGUUACUUUUUACAAAUAUGGUCUUUUGUAUAUAUAUAAUCAGAAAAAAGAAACAAGAGUUUUCAACAUUUAUUUUCAUCAUUUUAUAUUCUUUCUAGUGUACCCAUUGCAUUACACACAAAAUAAAAGAUUUGUCUCAUGCUCAAAUUGUUUUUUUUUAUAUUUUGAAUCUUAAAAUGUGGAAUGAAAAGCAAGUCUUUCUGGAUUACGUGAGGCUGAGUUUUGUUCAUUAGUUGAGUUAAUAAAUGUCCUUUAUAAUUUGAA